AUGAAUAUCGUGCGUAGUGAAUUUAAUGGCAUCUCAGCCGAAAUAUUAUAUGAUGUUAUUCAUGAUGCACAAUAUCGCACUCAAUGGGAUACAGCUAUGUUAGAUGGUUAUGAAUUAUGUUCAGUUAGUCCAAACAGUGACAUUGGAUAUUAUUCCUAUUUUGGUUUAAACAAAGAAAAAUAUAUUAUCAAUCAUUCGGUUAAUCAUGUCCGUGAACCGCCUAAAAAGGGUUUUGUUCGUGGUAUCUCGUAUAUAACUGGCAUGCUACCCGCAUGGGCAGUAAAUAAAGCAUCCAAAAUUCUUGUGCCAAAGCUUAUGAAAAGAUUGUUAAAAGCCAGUUUAAAAUAUGAAAAAUGGAAAUCAAAAAAUAAUUCUAAUUAUAGACCAUGGAUUAAUCCAGAACAAAUCACUGUGCCAAGAUAUAGCCCUGCAGAUGUCAUUGAAUUUGAUAAAAGUGUUGCAUCAACAACAGGUGAUGUCAGCGAAUCAUUAGUGGUAGAAAAUUCGGUCGAUAUGAAAGGAUAUGAAAAUGAUGAUUAA